UUAAGCUUUAGCUCCCUCUUCCUCCGUCUCUCUUUUUCCCCCUGUAAAAUUAUAACCCUCUCCGGAAUCCGUUCGCCUAGAUUUUCAAUUCUAGAAAAGCUUUCAAUAGCUUUUCUUUUUACACAUACAUACAUAAAUACAUAUUCUUUUGAUUGUACAUACACGAAUAUUGAAGCCCUGAUUUCCACGACCUAGCAGAAGAUCUGGUCUUUAUUUCGUUGAUAUUGAUUGAUGUGAGGAUUUGUCAUCACUGUAAAGAGUUUUGGAGAUGGCUACUGGGGGAAAGAUAUCUAUCUUACCCACCCUGGAUCACAAUGUACGAGGUUCUAAUGGGAAUUUAGAGGAUGUAUUGCAGAGUGAGCUUGAGCUGAUUCUAAGGGAGCAUCGCAAUCAGCACGCCAUUCAUAGGGAUAGGGAUUUGAAUAUGUAUAGGAGUGGCAGUGCACCGCCAACUGUUGAGGGAUCGCUGAGUGCUGUGGGUAGUUUGUUUAGGAACAAUGAUUUUAUGGAUAGGGAUAUGAGUAGCAGAAUUGGUAGUAACAAUGGGGACUUGUCUGAAGAUGAGAUUCGUUCACAUCCUGCUUACCUUUCGUACUAUUAUUCACAUGAUAAUAUCAACCCAAGAUUGCCUCCCCCAUUGUUGUCUAGAGAGGACUGGCGUGUUGCACAGAGGUUUCAGAGUGGGCCUUCUUUUGAAGGCAAUGGGGAUUGGAGGAGGAACAAUUUUGUUGACGAUGGAGAUAAGUCGUUGUUUUCCAUGCAGCUGGGGCUUUCUGCACAGAAGGCAGAGAAUGAUUUGAUCAAAUUGAGAAAUGUCAAUAGGAGUAGCAUGCAUAGACAAGCAUCGUCUGAGUGGCUUGAUAGAAAUUCGAAUAAUUUGACUGGAUUCUCGACAAACGGACUUGGUGCAAGGAGAAAGAGUUUUGCUGACAUUCUACAGGAAGGAAUUGAUCAACCAGCUUUGUUGUUAGGUUCCUUGUCAAGACCAUCAAGUCGUAAUGCUUUUGGCGAUGGUAUCAAUCCAACCGGCAUUGCUAAUCCACAUCAAGUAGGGUUGUGCAAUGGAGUGGAUUCCAUAGAAGUGAUGCACACCGGAGCAGCUCCACAUGGCCUGAUAGGAAUGCAGAACCAUGUUGCCCCAGUUUCUCAUUCAUUUUCAUCUGGUGGAGGUCCUUUGUCAAGAAGCAGAACUCCUGAUCCACAAUUAUUUGGAAGUUCUGGUCUUCCUCCUCAUGUGGGAGGAGUGUUUCCUAAUGCUGGUGGUUCCGACAUCCACAGUGACAAUUCAUCUGCCAUGACUGAGUUGCACAGUAUGACAACAGAUUUAUCUGGCUUAAGCCUCUCAAAAGUUAGAUCUGCAGAUGAAGAUAGUCGACUUCAGUCUCAGCUUCGCCGAGACCUGGAUAAUCAGCGUGAUUUUCUGUUCAACACACCAAACAGUCAGAACCAGAGACUGCAGCAGCAACUCAUUGAGAAGUUUAAUGCUGAAACUUUCUCCCUUAAUGCAAAUUAUGCUCAUUUAGCAAAUAAAAAUGGGAUUCUAACAAACCGUAAUGCACCACAUGAGCAUGUUAAUUUUCGUAGAAGAACUUCUUCUCCUAGUCUUUACUCAAACGAGAGUUCUUUUGGACUUGAAACUUUUGAAGGGUUGAAUGCUCAUUACCAGGGUGCAAAUACUCCAGGAAUCGACUUUGAUGGUCAUGCCUCUGGGGCCUAUCCUGUAAAUCAGAAGUUGAACAGUCAUAUUGAUACAGGGUUUACUGGUAGUGGUGAUAGCCAAAGUAUGAACAGAUUAAGGAACAAAGUUGAUCAUGGCCUUCAUUCUUCCUAUGUGGACCCGUCGCACAUUCAGUUACUGCAAAAAAAUAUUUAUGCAAGACAUGCUCUGGCUAGUCCAAGUGGUUAUUCUCUGGGUAAAAAUAACUUUGGCACUUUACAUGGAGAAUUAGAGGGGAUUCAGAAAGCAUACCUCAAAGCAAUACUUGCUCAAGCUCAACGGAAGCAACAGUACGAAAUGCCCCUUCUAAAUAAAUCUGGGGGGUUUAAUCAUGGUUAUUUUGGGAAUCCAUCAUAUGGUCUUGGCAUGACAUAUCCAGGAAUCUCAGUGGCAAACUCUUUUGGUUCUGGAAGCUCAAUGUUUCAGAAUGAGAAGAUUUCCCGCUUUAAUUCUAUGAUGAGAAGUUCAAUGGCAGCAUCAGUUGGCACCUGGCACUCUGAUGUUGGAAAUGACUUGGAAGGAAGACACGCAUCAUCAACACCAUCAUCAUCCUUAUUAGAAGAGUUCAAGAACAACAAGAAUAAGUCUUUUGAACUUGCAGAUAUUGUUGAUCACGUAGUUCCAUUCAGUACCGAUCAGUAUGGAAGUCGCUUUAUCCAGCAGAAACUCGAAACCGCCACUGUGGAUGAAAAAAUAAAAAUAUUUCCUGAGAUUAUUCCUCAUGCUCGUACCUUGAUGACUGAUGUAUUUGGAAAUUAUGUCAUACAGAAGUUCUUUGAGCAUGGUACAGAAAGCCAAAGAAAAGAAUUGACGAGCCAACUUACUGGGCACGUUUUGCCUCUCAGUCUGCAAAUGUAUGGUUGUAGAGUCAUUCAGAAGGCCUUGGAAGUAGUUGACAUGGAUCAGCAGGCUCAAAUGGUGUCAGAACUCGAUGGUUCAGUCAUGAAAUGUGUCCGUGAUCAAAAUGGGAAUCAUGUCAUUCAGAAGUGUAUAGAAUGUGUCCCUCAAGAUCAAAUUCAGUUCCUCAUUUCAUCAUUCUAUGGGCAAGUUGUGACGAUGUCCACCCAUCCUUAUGGGUGUCGCGUCAUACAGAGGGUUUUGGAACAUUGUGGUGACUUAAAGACGCAAGAACUUAUCAUGGAUGAAGUCAUGCAAUCAGUAUGCAUUCUGGCCCAGGAUCAGUAUGGAAAUUAUGUUAUUCAGCAUGUCCUUGAACAUGGUAAACCGCAUGAACGGUCUGCAAUUAUUCACAAGCUUGCUGGACAAAUUGUAAAGAUGAGUCAGCAGAAGUUUGCUUCUAAUGUUGUGGAAAAGUGCUUGACUUUUGGGAGUCCUGAGGAGCGCCAGUUAUUGGUAAAAGAGAUGCUAGGUUCCACUGAUGAAAAUGAGCCGUUGCAGGCUAUGAUGAAAGAUCCUUUCGGAAACUACGUUGUCCAGAAGGUUCUUGAGACCUGUGAUGAUCACAGUCUUGAGUUGAUUGUUUCUCGCAUUAAGGUUCAUUUGACUGCCUUAAAGAAGUACACUUAUGGUAAACAUAUUGUUUCCCGUGUCGAGAAACUCAUCGCAACAGGAGAAAGGCGCAUAGGAUUGUCAUCCUCAGUGUCUUCUUCCUGAUCAUCCCAAUUUUGGAGCAUGGCAGGCAUUUUUCCUCUAGCCACCAUCAAUAAGUAUGCACCUUUUGUACAGCUAACGUGGACAGUGACCAUAGCAAGUUUGCCGCAUCGACCUCAAUAAUACAGAGAAGUUAUAGAUGUGAAUAAGCAUGAUAUCCAGAGUCUCCUGCCAUACAAUUUUGGGUACAUUCUCCUCCUAUUGUAUAGUUUUGGCAAAGCUGUUUUUAAUUGGACCAUGAAGACAUCACAUGGAGGACCAUUCUAGCUGUCUGGAGAAGGAAGGUCUAUUAUAUAAGACUGUCCUUGGACUUUGGGAGUAAAUUUCUAUAUCUUUUUUAAGUGUAAAUGGUUAACUGCACUUCGAUUUGAAAAAGAGGGUAAAUAAUAGGGGAGUAUUCAUGUAUAGUAGGGUCUUCAACUCUGAGAACGUAAUAUAGUGUAAAUAUACAUCAACUUUCUCGUCUACUACUCGUUUUGAAGUUUGAGAAAUUUUUUACCGGAUUAGAAGCUUAUAAGUUAUAUCCAGUUGCAGGUUCUUGCAGUUAACAUAUACUUGCAGAUCUGCAACAAAGUUCAAGAGGGAACCUAAGUUUGUCUCACCAACGAGGUCAGAGUUUUUAUAACGAUUGUCUAUGCAUUAUAUGAACCAAAUUGAUUCUGAACCAUCUUCAGAAUGGGUGAA